AUGAGGAAUGAGUUUCCAUGGCUAUGGAAGCAGUUAGAAAGCAAACGGCUUCUGUUGCUAUUGGGACUCACAUUUGCUCUCAUCGUCACUUUCCAGUUCGUCGAGCUACCUUACGACAUCUCCUCCAUCUUCUCUUCCACCAAGAUCCCCAUUUCAAGAAACUCAACUUCACUUGGCAAGAAUCAGAAUGGUAACAACUUGCCUCCAGCUAUGGCGCCAAGCUUUUCCCCAAAGAACUCAACUUUAACUGAUUCUGGAGGAGACGACGAAGAAGUUGAGGUUGAUCAGAUAUCUAACGCCACCGCCCCCGCCAUUUCGCCUUCUCCGGGAAAGGAAAACGCAACCGCUCCUGCCGCUAGUACAGAGCCUCCAUCUGCAUUGCCUGGUUUAAACCCGUCUCCGGUUAAGGAAAAAGCAACAGCACCUGCCCCUAGUGCAAAUCCUCCUCCUGCAUUGCCUGGUUUAAACCCAUCUCCGGUUAAGGAAAACGCAACCGCUCCUGCUGCAUUGCCUGGUUUACAACCCUCUCCGGUUAAGGAAAAUGCAACAGCUCCUUUGGCUAGUGCAAAGCCUCCUCCUCCUCCUCCUCCUCCUCCUCCUGCAUUACCGGGUUUAAACCCGUCUCCGGUGAAGGAAAACACUACAAUGCCUACACCUAAAAAAGAUGUUAGUGGUGCUUCUCCGGUUGUGAGAUUUGUGCCUGACGUAAAGGAGAAUCUGAAAAUCCCUGGUUCCGGAGUGAUGUCAAUAUCAGAGAUGAGCAAGCAGCUGACUCAAAACCGUGUUUCACAGAAUCGUCUAGCAAAGAAACCAAAAUGGGUUACUAAACCUGACUUGGAGCUAUUACAAGCAAAACAUGAGAUUGAGAAUGCACCAAUCGAUGACAAAGACCCUCUUCUCUACGCUCCUCUCUACCGCAAUGUUUCCACUUUCAAACGGAGCUAUGAGUUGAUGGAGAAGAUGUUGAAGGUCUAUGUGUACAAAGAAGGAGAUAAACGUAUAAUGCACAAUCCAAUACUCAGAGGGAUCUAUGCAUCAGAAGGCUGGUUUAUGAACGUUAUGGAUUCCAACAACAACAGAUUUGUGACAAAGGACCCUUCGAAAGCUCAUCUCUUCUACUUACCAUUCAGUUCCCGGAUGCUCGAAGCGACUCUAUAUGUUCAAGACUCUCACAGCCACCGCAAUCUCAUCAAGUUUCUUAAAGACUACAUAGACCUCAUCUCCGUCACAUACCCUUUUUGGAACCGAACUUCCGGCGCCGACCAUUUCCUUGUCGCCUGCCAUGAUUGGGCUCCAUCAGAGACGAGGAAGCAUUUCGCAAAGAGUAUAAGGGCGUUGUGCAACUCUGAUGUCAAAGAAGGGUUUGUCUUUGGAAGGGACACUUCUUUACCGGAGACAAUGGUUAGAGAUCCCAAGAAACCUCUAAGCAACAUCGGUGGUAAAUCCGCAACACAAAGGCCAAUUCUUGCUUUCUUUGCUGGCAAACCGGAACACGGUUAUCUCCGGCCGAUCCUGCUCUCCUACUGGGGUAACAACAAAGAUCCUGACUUGAAAAUCUUCGGGAAACUUCCUCGGACGAAAGGGAACAAGAACUACCUUCAGUUCAUGAAGACUAGCAAGUACUGUAUUUGCGCCAAAGGCUUUGAAGUGAACAGCCCGAGAGUGGUUGAGGCCAUUUUCUAUGAUUGUGUUCCGGUUAUCAUAUCGGAUAACUUUGUGCCGCCGUUUUUCGAGGUGUUUGAUUGGGAGUCGUUUGCGCUUUUCAUACCGGAGAAAGACAUACCGGAUUUGAAGAAGAUUCUGAUGGCGAUACCGAAACGGAGGUACUUGCAAAUGCAGAUGAGGGUGAAGAGAGUGCAGAAGCAUUUUCUGUGGCAUGUGAAACCGGAGAAGUAUGAUAUGUUUCACAUGAUUCUUCAUUCGGUUUGGUUAAACCGAGUCUUCCAGAUUUCUGGUUAG